AUGAACCCGCUACAAAGAUUAUGGGGCUCGAUUAUUUCUCCGGAGAGAGAUCUUUCUGCUGCACAAAAAUGGGUGUUGGGACUUCUCAACCUCACAUCGGUGGUGAUAUUUUGGGUGCUAUCACUGUUUCUUGUCAGUGAUCUUUUUGAGCUGAAUAUCUACCGAAAGCCGUUUUUGAUCACCUUCAUCAACACCAGCUGCUUUAUCUUCUAUCUUGUGCCGUAUUUGAGGUCGGAAAAAAUAUCACUUUUUGAGUUGAUAUCACGAGUUAAAUACCAGUCUGCGGGCCACCAGCAAGUGCUGAGCACCGUGCACGAAGACUACGGCAGCAACGAAAAUUUGGCUGGAAUGGUAGUUCCAGAAGCUGCAAAAACUGAACAAAUCUCAGAAUACGAGACCGUCAAGCUUUCUCUACAAUUCAUCUCCUUGUGGUUUGGUGCCAAUCUCGUCACCAAUGCGUCGUUGUCGUACACCUCUGUUGCUUCUCAGACCAUCUUGUCGACGACAUCGUCAUUUUUCACGCUUAUAAUCGGCUUUUUGUACUCGAUCGAACGCAUCAACAGACUGAAAGUACUUGGUAUAGUGCUAAGUUUUGUCGGCGUAACCAUCGUCACAAAGUUGGAUGCGCUGACAUCAGACCUGGUUCCCAACACCCCCACCACCGGACUCUUGGUUCUUUGGGGAAACGCACUAGCGUUGUUGGGUGCCCUCAUCUAUGGAAUCUACACCAUUUUGUUGAAAUUCAAAACCAUGGCGCGGCUGUCGGGUCAGGAAAGAACUCUCGAUACUCACCUCUUUUUUGGGUUCGUUGGACUUUUUUGUCUUGUUACACUCUGGCCAUUCGUUAUCUUCUUCCAUUUCACCGGCAUUGAAACUUUCGAACUUCCUCCUUCUAAACAUGUUGUUGUUCUCCUCUUGGUCAAUGCCUUCAUAACUUUUGUCAGCGACUUCUGCUGGUGCCGGGCCGUGCUUUUAACGUCUCCACUUACCGUUACUGUUGGACUUUCAAUGACUAUUCCUCUCGCCAUGAUUGGAGAUUGGCUCGUAAAGGGCUUCAAUGUCGACUUGCUAUACUUGCUCGGAGCCUUGACCGUAACACUGGGCUUUCUCAUCAUCAACCAAGACGAACGCCAAGAUUUCGUCGACGAAACUACAUAG